CACUCCAGUCUAGUAGGUGGCGGUAAUGCACCUUUGAGAUGAGUUGCCAACCACCAUUAAACCUGAAAGAAGAAGAAGAAGAAGAAGAAGAAGCAGUCGGGCUGAAAUGCGUGACGUACUUCCUCUUUGAAAGAAGCAAUGGCGUCUAGCGCAGAGGUUGUUGCUCCCAGCAAUGCAGAGGAAGCCACAGAGACUCCAGCAGCUCAGAAGAGAGAAGACAGACUCAGGAAGUUCAGAGAGCUUCAUUUCAAGAGGAAUGAGGCCCGUAAGCUGAAUCAUCAGGAGGUGGUGGAGGAGGACAAGAGACUGAAGCUGCCGUCAAACUGGGAGGCCAAGAAAGCCCGUCUGGAGUAUGAACUCAUUGUGGACCAGAAGAAGAAGAGACCAAACUCACAAAGUUGGUUAAGACUGAGAGACAGAGAGAGGAGUGGCUACGCUGAGGCCCAGUUGAGACAGUACCAGAGACUGACGAAGCAGAUCAAGCCGGAUAUGGAGAACUAUGAGAGACAGAGAGAGGAGUGGUGUGUGUUUAGGAUUGAAAAGCGCUCGAAAUACAGUCGCCGCAGGGCCUACAACGACGACGCUGACAUCGAUUAUAUCAAUGAGAGAAAUGCUAAAUUCAACAAGAAGGCUGAACGUUUCUACGGCAAAUACACCGCGGAGAUCAAGCAGAACCUGGAGAGAGGAACAGCUGUGUAACUAUGGAGAAUGUUACUAUGGUUUCCACCCCUCCAUCUGCCAAGCGACCAGAAAUCAUGUGCAGAUAUUUUUAAGAAACGCUCCUUUGAGGUUCUUCUUCUCUAUGGUGGUCUUGUGAAUUAUUAUUAUUAUUAUAAUUUUUUAUAGCAAAUGUAAUUUUUUUUUUCUCCCUACCUCCAUAUUCUCUUAGUAAGUUUUACUUCUGGCAGAAAUAUUUGCCUACAGUGUCAGUGUUUUGCUUUAGUGUAAAUUCAUUCAUUUCUGCAUCAGUUGACAUUUACUUCAAUAAAAAAAUAUUAUAUGAAACCGU